AUGGCCUACACCCAUGUGGCGCACGACUGCCGCAUCGGCAACCAUGUGGUUCUCUCCAACGCCGUCAACAUGGCCGGCCACGUUACGAUCGAGGACUGGGCAAUCAUCGGUGGCAUCGUUCCCAUUCACCAGUUCGUCUGUAUCGGUGCACACGCAUUCGUGGGGGGAGGAUCGCGCGUUUCGCAGGAUGUGCCACCGUACUGCCGCGCGGCGGGAGUUCCUCCGCGACUCUACGGGCUGAACUCCGUCGGCCUGGAGCGGCGCGGGUUUCCGGCCGAGUCCCGCAAAUACCUCAAGCGGGCGUACCGGAUCCUCUUCCAGUCCGGACUCAACGUGUCUCAGGGCAUCGACCGGGUCGAAUCGGAGGUCCGGCAGGUUCCGGAGGUUCGCCACUUCCUCGACUUCAUCCGCAACAGCGAACGCGGCAUCAUCCUCGGAUGA